AUGCAUUUCAAAAGGACGCUAUCAGCCGUGAAACGAGAAGACUUUAAAACUUGUGCGGAUAGUUCAUUUUGUCAGCGUAAUAGAGCUUACGCUGAUAAAAUAUCCAAUAAUUCUUCAUUUGUUUCACCAUAUAAUUUAAUUGAAAAUUCAAUUAUUAUCAAAGAUGGUGUUCUCUCCGGUGAAAUAAUAAAUAUUGAAAACGAUUUACAUUUUAUUUUAGAAUUAAAUUUAUUAACAAUUGAUGCGGCUCGAAUUAGAAUUAAUGAAAAAUACCCUUUAAAACCUCGAUAUGAUGAAGUUAAAAAUUUCGCUUUGGUUAAUGAACCAUCAAAUACUUUAGAUUAUACUGUACUUCCUUCACAAGAUGGUUUAACUUCUAUAUCUUUUGGUAAAGAGGGUAAACAAAAAGUUUUUGUUUAUCACUCACCUUUUCGAGUUGAAUUUUUAUUUAAUGAUGUUCCCGUUGUCACAUUAAAUGAUAGAGGAAUUUUCAAUUUCGAACAUUUAAGAAAAAAGGGUGAUUCUUCUCCUAGUUUAUGGGAAGAAACUUUUAAUGGAAAAGUGGAUUCAAAACCAAAUGGACCUGAAUCUAUUGGACUUGAUAUAUCUUUCCCAGGAUUUUCUCAUGUAUACGGAAUUCCAGAACACGCUUCUACACUUUCAUUAAAAGAGACAAGAGGUGGAAGUGAAAGUGCAUACACCGAACCUUAUCGAUUAUAUAAUUUGGAUGUAUUUGAAUAUGAAUUAGAUAAUCCAAUGUCACUUUAUGGAUCAAUUCCUUUUAUGAUGGCUCAUCGUAAAGGUGCAUCCGCUGCAAUUCUUUGGUUAAAUUCUGCUGAAACUUGGAUUGACAUAACAAAGAGUAAAGAAGAUAAACAUGGAUUAUCAAGUUUUUUAAAUUUCGGUAAAUCUACCAUCACCACAAAUACACAUUGGAUUUCGGAAUCUGGAAUUAUUGAUAUCUUUAUUUUUUUGGGUCCAACUACAUCUGAUAUACAUUAUCAAUAUGGAUUACUCACUGGAUUUACAACGAUGCCUCAAUAUUUUGCAAUUGCUUAUCAUCAAUGUCGUUGGAAUUAUCUUAAUCAAGAUGAUGUAUUCGAAGUGGAUGAAGGAUUUGAUAAAUAUGAUAUUCCAUAUGAUGUUAUUUGGUUAGAUAUUGAACAUACCGACAAUAAAAAAUAUACAACUUGGGAUAAUGUAAAAUUUUCUGAUCCCAUAAAAAUGCAAAAUAAUAUCGCAUUUAAAGGACGAAAGAUGGUUACUAUUGUUGAUCCUCAUCUCAAACGUGAUGAUAAUUUCAUUUUAUAUAAAGAAGCUCUUGAUUUAGAUCUCUUCAUUAAAGGUUCUGAUGGUCAAGUAUAUGAUGCAUGGUGUUGGCCUGGAAGUUCUUCUUGGCCUGAUUUUACAAAUCCUAAGACAUGUGAAUGGUGGAGUAAAAAAUUUACUUUGGAUCAAUAUAAAGGAUCAACGGAAUCUUUAUUUAUAUGGAAUGAUAUGAAUGAACCUUCCGUUUUUAGUGGUCCCGAAAUAACAUUUCCAAAAGAUAUUAUUCAACAUAAUGGUUGGGAACAUCGUGAUCUUCAUAAUAUUUAUGGACUUUCAUUUCAUGCAGCAACAUUUUCGGGACUUUUGAAUCGAAAAAAUUCAUCUCAUCGUCCUUUUAUUCUUUCUCGUUCAUUUUUUGCUGGUAGUCAAAGAUAUGGUGCAAUUUGGACAGGUGAUAACAUGGCUAAAUGGGAUCAUUUGGCUAUUUCAUCACCAAUGUUAUUAACAAUUGGAAUUUCUGGAUUACCAUUUUCUGGUGCUGACGUUGGUGGAUUUUUUGGUAAUCCUGAACCAGAACUUUUAGUUCGAUGGUAUCAAGCAGGAGCUUUUCAACCUUUCUUCCGAGCACAUGCACAUAUUGAUACCAAGCGUCGUGAACCUUGGUUAUCGGGUAGUCCUUAUACGGAAUAUAUUCGUGAUGCUAUACGUGAAAGAUAUGCAUUACUUCCUUUAUGGUAUACACUUUUUUAUGAAACGAGUAUUACAGGGAAACCUAUAAUUCGUCCAAUGUUCGAAGUUUAUCCUGAUGAAGAAAAAGGUUUUGCCAUUGAAGAUCAAUAUUUUGUGGGAGAUUCCUUACUUGUUAAACCAGUUGUAAAUCAAGGUCAAACAUCUAUUGAAGUUUAUUUUUCAGGAGAUGAAAUAUAUUAUGAUUAUUAUAAUUUCCAAAGAAUUCAAGGAUCAAAUAAAGUAGUUAAAGUGGAUGCACCUUUAAAUAAGAUACCUGUUUUCAUACACGGAGGAUCAAUUAUUCCAAGAAGGCAAAGAAUUCGUCGUUCAUCUUCUGGCAUGCGUUUAGAUCCAUUCACGCUUUUGAUUGCAAUAAAUAACAAGGGAGAAGCGAAUGGUACAUUAUAUUUGGAUGAUGGAGAAACUUCCGUAUUAAGAGUGGAAAGAAUUAUUUUUAUAGGACUUGAUAAGAAACCUAGUAAAAUAUUUGCUUAUAAUAAUUCGAAUCCUUCUAUAAAACGAGAAUUAGAAUUUAAAUUUGGUGGAAUUGGAACUACAAUUAAUACUUUUACUACUCUAUCAUCAAAAGAUGUUCUUGUUAUUAAAGAUCCAAAAUUAUUCAUUACUGAAGAUUGGACAGUUCAAUUUUAA